AUGGCAGACCAGCCAUAUGAUCCAAACAAUCUACAGUCGGUCCUGCGGACUCUGACGCGUCUGGCAGGCGAGACCGCUGAAACCACUCGGCCAAUAGAGGCCACCUCUCAAGACCCGACUCGCCAUUCAGUGCCCCGUCUCGAACAGACCGAGAGCACCGGGGCCAAAAGGUCGUCGACAAUCACGACUUGGCCCGAAGGGCUGCGCUACGUGAUCAACACGUUCUGCACGAACGAGCGCGCCAAAUCCCACCUUCGCCGGAUGAUCCGUAACGAGCGUGCCCAUUAUGAAGCGUGGCUCGAGGGCCGUCGACAACUGGAGGCACAGCAGGUGACCCGCGGCCAGAAGCACAAGGAGCUCCAGCGUGUCCUGGAAUCCAUCGGUGCCGAACCCAGUCCUAACAGCACUCAGCAGAACCAGCCCGCGCCCUGGAAAGAGAUGCAGGAGUAUGACCUGCGAGGCUGGAGUGCCGCCCAGGAGCUGGACGGUCGUCAAGCCGACCAGAUGAGGGCCAUGGAUAUUCCGUUCUUCACCACUGAUCCGAGCUUGAUCGUCGGUAGUGAGAGCACGACGGCCAGUUCGGCCGCUGCCACCACUACGGACGACUCACGACCCAAGGUCACGAGAGAAGAACUGCAGACUCUCCAGGAGCGAAUGGUCGACCUCCUGAAGGAUGUUGUCAGCUCGAGCCUUUGA